AUGAAACGAACGCGGAAGCUGCAGAUUAGCUGCGGGGACGAGGAGGACGAUGCGUGGGAGAUGAAGAAUGCUGACGUGGACAGCGGCUCGACGAUAGAGACCAAGCCAGGCGGUGCUACUGAUAGUGGUAGCGGAGCUGAGCGGUCUAGUUUAGAGACGUCCUUAGUAAGAGAAAGCUCAGUGAUUCCUACUCCUAGCACCACCACCACCGUAACGACAAGCAUUGCCGACUUUCACUCAUCGGGAUAUGGCGACUCGGUAUCUUCCGCUUGGGACCACAUUUUAGGAAGCGACGCGACUCCCACCGGAAGCGGCGGCCGCGGGUUGCAUGAUUCCCCUCUCACUCCGACCCCGCCAACUCCGAUACACGACAAAAUUCUCCAGUCCACGUCCAUCGAGAUCGGUCACGUCGGCACGCUGACGUGGCGCCAGCUGGCGGUUGACCGCGAUUUGAGGCUGAUUUCCUGGUGGCAUCACGUGCCGCUUUACAGCCGCGACGGGCUCCUUAAUUUCGUCUGCACGACGCCUAGAGGCUCGUGGAUAAAGUACGAGGUAGCUCAGGACGAGGAGUUUACUCCGCUACGAAUCGCCCAGUUCGACAAUAGUCCUUCUAAGCCCGCGCAUUUCGCGGAGAACGCUACGCGGUUCAGCCUAGGGUUUCUCCCGCAGACCUACGCGGACCCCGCGCAGCCCAACCCCGACUAUGGCGGCCUGGCGUACCAAGGCGGUCCGAUGGAUGCCUUGCUGCUGGAUCUCAACGACGCGUCGCGGGCCGGGUUCGCCUCGCUGGGCGCCUCGUCGAUCAGUCUGUCUAAUAGGCUGCCGUCCCGCGAUUUGCGGACAGGGGAUGUGUGUCAGGUGAAAGUGGUCGGAGCGUUCGCGGUUGUGCAACAGAAGAGCCGCCUUUCCUGGAAGCUUCUCGCUAUUCCCGCGGCGCCGGGUACUAGUGGUAGUCGAGGUAGUGGUGCCGGCCUGGAGGAUGACGUGGCGGAUCAGAUAAAUGACGUGGCAGAUUUGCAUGCUCUGUUUCCGGGCCUGCUGGACGACAUUCGCGAAUGGCUGCGAUUCUGCGACUGCGUCGAUCCAGACGACGAGGAGAACGAGUUUGGGCUCAACCAGAGGGCGGGCGCUGCUGACGUGGCGCUGGCAAUCAUUGCGCAGGCGCAUGCUUCCUGGCAGCUUCUCACCGACGACAGCCCGCCGCCCUCCCCCUGGAGCCCCGCUAACCUCGUGCUCUCGGCGCGCGUUUUGCAGGAGAAAUGGCGCAAAUACACUGAUCAGUAUUGUAUGGAGACGCCUUGUAGAGGAGAUGGGAAGGGGGGCAGCUGGGAGGGUGAACGAGGGGGGAGGGGGUUCAGUGUGGGGAGCUUGGGAAGCUGGCAGGGGGGAGGUGCGAGUGGGUAUGUGAGUGGUAGUGGGAGUCUGAGUGGGAGUGUGGGCGCUGCUACUGCUGCCCCUCCGCACAACCUCCCGUUUGUUCCAUUCAGCGAUCCCACCACCUCGAGUGCUGAAAGGAGGUUCGACAGGGCGUGGGAGGAGACGAGCAGCAGAGCAGGCUCGUUUGCUGGCAGCAGCACCCGCUCGUUCUCUCAUGCUCCUGCUCCUAGUGAUGCUGAUGGCAGUGCUGGUGCUGAUAAUGGUGGUGGUGGUGGGUGGGAUGGUCUCGGAAAGGCUCGUCGCAAGUCGGGGUCAUGGGAUUUCGGCAACAUGACUGUCGGAGGGGUGUGGGUAUCCGAUGCUCUAGCAGUGCGUAACAGUGUUACCACUGGUAACACAGUAACAUCUCUUGCCACUGCUCCGUUCGCUGACAUUUGUGCCCCUGAUGAAAGUCUCAGUGCCACUGUAGCCGAGGCAACUAGCGGUCACCACGUAACACUAUCAAGUAACAAGGCACCAGCCACAGAGCACAGCAGAGGCUUCCCUCUCUUUAGACACAGCAGCUUGAACCGCGCCUUACUUAACGACCACAGAACAGCUCUGGCCAGGCUCGGCGCGCUCUGGGGCACGGGAGGAGGCUCGGACCGUCCUCCUCCCGAACCUGACGCACAGAUUCAGGAAUCCUCCAAGCCUGACGGCGAGGUUCGGGGAUCUUCCAAGCCUGAUGGGGCGGCUCGGGCAGUGCAGCGGCGUUGGGGGGGUUGGAGGUAUGGGCCUAUGGGGGGACGAAUGGGUGAGGGGAGUGAAGGCGGAGCAGGUGGGGCAGCUGCAGCUACAGGUUUAGCAGCAGGAACAAGAGCAACAAGAGCAGCAUCAGCAACUGCAGCAGCAGCAGCAACAGCAGCAGCAGCAGCGGCAGCAGCAACAGCAGCAGGUGGUUCAGUAAGAGCAGGUGAAGUGAGUGUGACGCCAAGACCCCUCACAGCUGAAAGCCCUAGUGUGGGAGGAGGCGGUAUCGCUGGCAGGAGGAGGAGAGGCAGGCAGGGCAACAGCAACUGGCUGUCGCUCUCCUCAUCCUCGUUUGGAGACGCCUCGAUAGCAGACACACUCGAUCUGGCAUCGCCGCGCACCAGCCUGAGUGACGCCUGGGAUCAGGCCCUCAUUGCCUCUCUGGAUGAUGAUGCCUCGCUGCUUCCCCUGCCGCCCACCCUCGCUGCUGCCUGGGGUGGUGGAGGCUCUAUUGCUGCUGGUGCUACUGCUGGGUCAGUCAGGGGCGGGGUGCUGCAGGGUGGCAGUGGUGGUGAGGCGUCUGAUGCAUCCCAGGUGGCAUCCCAGACGAGGGAGAUUCUUGCGUGCUCUCAAAGGCUUGCUGCGGGGGUGCAGGCAGCUGCUGCUGCUGCGGCGGUGGUGGCAGGAAGGGGAGGCGAAGCAGCAGCAGCAGAGGCUGAGCAGGACGGUGUAUGCAGUAUUGGCAACGAAAGGCAACAGAUGGAAGACUGUGACAGCAGGCCAGGUGACAGUAAUGGGAUGCUGUGUGUCAGCAGCAGCCGGGGUAUGGAAACACGACCCCUCUCAGUAGUCUCAGCCUCAUCUGUACCUUCAGUGGCUUCAGUCGCUUCAACACCUUCUGUAGUCACUGCCGCUGCUGCUUGCCAUGGGGUGGGAGAGGACGGAUCAGGAGUAGGAGAGAUUUCAUUGGGAGUAUCCCUUCCAACCACUCCUUCUCUCCCGUCCUCCCUUCUCUCCCCCACCUCCUCCGUUUCCUCUGCCACCAUCAGCAUUCCCCGAACCUACAGCAGCUCCGGAAGAUUGGAAGCUUGGGGGAAGGUAGUGCGGUUGGAAGCGGUAUUAGUGGGUAUGCUACGCGGGAGUCCUCAUGUAUUAGUGAUAUGGACGGAGCCUUGCAUUCCAAGACUUUCAACUGGAACGAGAUAA